AAAGAGCGCUUUUUUAACCUGCGCCGCUUCCUUCACCGUGGCGUCCGACGGCUGAUCGCCAAAGAUCGCGUUUUUCUCCCUGCGCAGCGCAGCUCGCGAGAGAGCGAGAGAGCGAGAGGGCGGACGGGAGAGGCGAGCGACGCUUCCGAGUUCCGACCAAACACUGCGCAGAUGGAUGGAGAUUCGAGUUCUUCCUGGGACAGUGACGAUGAAUAUGAGAAAUUCAUCCGAAGAAUGAACCCUCCACGGGUUGUUAUCGAUAAUAAUUCUUGCCCAAAUGCUACGGUUAUUAAGGUCGAUAGUGCAAAUAAAUAUGGAAUCCUUUUGGAAGUUGUUCAGGUCCUUAUAGACCUUAAUCUCAUUAUCAAGAAAGCUUAUAUCUCAUCUGAUGGAGGGUGGUUCAUGGAUGUUUUUAAAGUGACAGAUACAGAUGGUAAAAAAAUUGAGACUCAAAAACAACUGGAAAAUAUAAAGGACUGCAUCAGAAAAUCGAUAGGGGAAGGUUCUUUUGAACCAUCACGAAGUAGAUCUGUAGAUUUCAUGCCUUCGUCCUCUGAUCACACGUCAAUUGAGCUAACUGGGGCAGAUCGCCCUGGCCUGCUCUCUGAAGUUAGUUCAGUUCUCACUGAUCUAAAAUGCAAUGUGGUGAGUGCCGAGGUGUGGACGCACAACGCUAGAGCUGCAGCAGUGAUGCAGGUGACCGAUGAGGAGACAGGUUCUGCUAUUACUGACCCCCAAAGGCUCUCUAAAAUCAAACAGCUCCUUUGCAAUGUUCUAAAUGGAAACAACAGGCAUAGGAGAGCCAAGACUGCGGUUUCAAUGGGUAUCACCCACAAAGAGAGGAGGCUGCAUCAAAUGAUGUUUGAUGAUAGGGAUUAUGAGAAGUCAGAUGAGGACAAUGAGAAUGAGCAUUGCCGACCAAAGGUUACUGUCAUUAACUGGUUUGACAAGGAUUGCUCUGUUGUCACAGUGCAAUGUAAGGAUAGGCCAAAGCUUCUUUUCGAUACAGUUUGCACUUUGACGGAUAUGCAGUAUGUGGUUUUCCAUGGAAGCGUCGACGCAGAGGGCCCAAAAGCUUAUCAGGAGUACUGCAUUAGACAUAUAGAUGGUUCCGUGGUUAACUCAGAAGCUGAGCGUCAGCGAGUUGUUCAGUGCCUUGAAGCAGCCAUAGAGAGGAGAGUGUCUGAGGGUCUUAAGUUGGAGUUGUCUACAAGCGAUCGAAUGGGUCUGUUAUCUGAUGUCACGAGAAUAUUCCGUGAGCAUGGCCUGACAGUCACAAGAGCUGAAGUGUCUACAAGAGAUGGUAAAGCUAUCAACACAUUUUACGUCCGCGAUGUUGCUGGUAAUUCAGUUGACCCAAAGACCUUGGAUGACAUACGAUCCGAGAUAGGGCAAACAGUGCUACAAGUGAAAGGCAAUUCUGAUGAACUUAAAUCUCCACAAGAGUCUUCUACCCGAUUGCUCUUUGGUGGCUUAUUCAGGUCAAAAUCACUUUAUAAUCUUGGAUUAAUUAGGUCUUACACUUAGGUUUGUUUGUUCGUCCACUCGUGUACAUAAUUGUUUGCCGUUGCUUCAUCGUGCAAAAUACGCCCACUUUGGUAUAAGGAAUACAAAGGGAACAAAAUGAAGCACUCGUUGUAAAAAUGUUACAGCUGGGUGCUUGGAUCAGCUUGUCGAUCCAUAUCAUGUACAUACGAAUGUUAAUAUCAAUGCAUAACCAAAGUUCAUUUCUGAA